UGUCACAGCAGACACGGCCUGAGCAGUGGCGGCAAGAAAACGUCGAAAAAGUCUCGAACAAGAAGAAGCAAACGAGGUCGGAGACGUCGGAAUAAAAAGAACAACAGGAACAAUAACAAUAAAACGCCGCCACCGUUUUUACCUCCGGAGGUAGCAGCUUCCUUUUAGCCUGCAAGUUAGCAACAUGCUAGCUAGCCAGCUAACGUUAGCUAGCUGCGCAAAGCGAACAACAAACUAAUAACAAUAGACACUAUUCACAUUGUAAGCCUGCAUUCAUGUACACAUAAACUCUACUCAAGCCAAGUCACAUCCCAAUGAAACAAUGCUGCUUAACGCCUCCAUGACGUCAUGUUGUCAGGGGAACGUCAAUAAAGCAACAUGUGCUUUACACAAAUACACACGAGGCUGAAGAAGGAAACAUUGAAUAUAAGCUCAAGCUGGUCAACCCCACUCAGUACCGCUUCGAGCAUCUAGCCACGCAGCUCAAAUGGCGUCUCCAGGAGGGCCGCGGCGAGGCUGUCUACCAGAUUGGCGUGGAGGACAACGGGCUGCUGGUGGGGCUGAGCGAGGUCGACAUGAAGGCAUCCAUCAGCACCUUGAAGAAGAUGGCUGAUAAGGUGGGCGCCGACAUUACCGUGCUCCGAGAGAGGGAGGUGGACUACGACCUGGACAGAAGCACACGCAGGAUUGCUGAGGUUCUGGUGCGAAAAGUUCCAGAUGAUCAGCAGUUCUUGGACCUGCGUGUGGCCGUGUUGGGGAACGUGGAUUCCGGGAAGUCCACCCUGCUCGGCGUCCUGACGCAGGGCGAGCUGGACAAUGGGCGAGGACGAGCGCGGCUCAACCUCUUCAGACACCUUCAUGAGAUCCAAACGGGACGCACGUCCAGCAUCAGCUUUGAGAUCCUGGGCUUCAACAGCAGAGGAGAAGUGGUCAACUACAGCGACUCUCGCAGCGCUGAGGAGAUCUGUGAGAGCUCCUCCAAGAUGAUCACCUUCAUGGACCUGGCUGGACACUACAAGUAUCUAAAGACCACCAUCUUUGGUCUCACCAGCUACUGCCCCGACUUCGCCAUGCUGGUGGUCAGUGGCAACACUGGUGUCGCUGGUACCACUCGGGAACAUCUGGGCCUGGCCAUGGCACUGAAAGUUCCCAUCUUCGUGGUGGUCAGUAAAGUGGACGUGUGCUCGCGCGGCACCGUGGACAGAACACUGCGUCAGCUGGAACGACUCCUCAAGCAGCCGGGCUGCAACAAAGUUCCUCUGCUCGUGUCCAACCCGGAUGACGCCGUCACCGCCGCUCAGCAGUUUGCUCAGUCGGCGUGCAUCACACCCAUCUUGACACUGUCCAGUGUGUCAGGAGAAAGUCUGGAGCUCCUCAAAGUCUUCUUGAAUGUUCUACCUCCUCUGAGCAACAGCAAAGAACAAGAGGAGCUCAUGCAGCAGCUCACGGAGUUCCAAGUGGACGAAAUCUACUCUGUGCCUGACGUGGGGACGGUGGUGGGCGGGACUUUAUACAGCGGGGUGUGUCGUGAAGGCGAGCGUCUGGUGGUCGGGCCCACAGACGAAGGUCACUUCCUGCGUCUAAAGGUGGUGAGCAUCCAGAGGAACCGCUCAGCGUGCAGACUGCUGAGGGCGGGGCAAGCAGCCACGCUGGCGCUCGGCAGCUUCGACCGAUCGCUGCUGCGCAAGGGGAUGGUGAUGGUGAGUCCCAAGAUGAAGCCUACCAUCUGUUGUGAGUUUGAGGCCGCCAUUGUGCUUCUCUUCCACGCCAAAACCUUCCGUCGAGGGUCACAGGUCACUGUCCAUGUGGGCAAUGUGCGACAGACCGCCGUGGUCGAGUGCCUCCAUGGGAAGGACGAGCUGCGAACCGGUGAGCGAGCCGUCGUUCGGUUCCGCUUCAUCAAACAUCCGGAGUACCUUCGGACCGGUGCCAAGCUGCUCUUCAGAGAGGGCGUGACCAAAGGCAUCGGCCACGUCACCCGUCUGCUGCCUGCUGACCAGAACCACCUGCAGAACCAGAACCUGCAGCAGCUCUGAAGACAUGAAGUGUGGUGAAUCAGUGGUUCUGGUCUGGUCUGCAGACCCCCUGCCCCCAGAUCUCCUCAUCCUCUUUGCUAAUCUGAUGUUGUCCCAUACGCUGAUCCAGAUUAUUUCCCAGCACGCUCCAAGAAGUUGUUUGUGUGUCAUGACUUUGUCAUCACUUGUUUGAGCACUUUAGGAUGUUUGCAGCGAAAAGAUGAACACUGAAUGUAUUGCAGAUAAACAUUAUUUAACUAAACUUUGACAUUUGUUGUGCAUGUGAGUGCUCAACGUUUACAUUUCAUGAAUAAACUGACAUGACUUCAACGCUCUAAUUUAGCCUACAAGCCUAGCAUGCUGGCCGUGAAUGUAGACGUGUGGAGGCAGGAGGCGGAACAUAAAUCUUUUAAUUUUGUUAUUUGCUCUUUAACGGCUGUCCAUCUAGACUACAAGUAAACAGAUGUUUACAUUGUGGUCAUGUGGUCCUC